AUGGAUCUUUCGAAUGUGUGCGGACGGUGGCGUGUACACACGGACAGCCUCGGCAUCACUGGCAUAGAGAUCCAAUACGUGGCAAAGGAGAAGUUCCACAUUCGAGUGCAUGGAAUGGCAAACAACUUCCUCACAUUUCUCACAUCCUCUGGGAGAUCACAAUGGUUGGGCCUAGACCUAGACCAAGGGACACUAACAAGCACUCCAUUUGUCUUGGAGCCUCAAGGAGGAAAGAUGGAGAAGCUUCUUGGGUUUGUUGGAACCUCAGGAGAAAGGAUCAACUCCUUAGGAGCUCGGUUUGGAUUGGCAUCAUUGCCUGCCAAAAGGAGAUUUCCAACCUCAGAGAAACAUCCUGCUAUAGUUGGUGCAAAAGGAUUCUCCUUCGAUGAUGGUGUGAGGAAGGUGACUGUGAAGGGUAAUAUGAGGAUUCAAUAUGUGGAAGAUGAUCACUUUCAGAUCAGAGAACAGAGGUCUACUACGCAUGGCCAAGGAGAAGAGGUAGACUUUGAAGUUGAGUAUCCUGAGGUUGCUAGCUAUGGUCCGGUGUUGCAAUAA